UGAAUCAUUCAAACACACGAUGGGUGAACGUGCACAUGUCUGCAUUGUGUUGAUGGGGAUGUAAAUCCCGGAGGGUGGGGCGGUGACCCCGGUGGUGUGGAUCGAUUCGAUUGUUUUUUUUAUCGUAUUGCAGUAUAUUAUUAUGUCUACAGAUAAUUUAUAUACAUUGAUAGUCAAUUUAUGUUGUCGUGCGAGUAUUUGUUAAGCCCUAGGCAUGUAAGCAGAGGAUGGGUACAUGUAUUUAUUAUUUUGAGAGAAGGAGAUAUUCACGAGGAGGAAGGUGUAAACGGGUGAAGCCGGAGUGGAAGGUGUACAGACGGUGUACAGACAUGUGAUGGAUAGGACUGACAUACAAAAUGCAACAGGAACUUGAAUAUAACUUUGGCCAGAUGGGAAUGUAUGAGCAGGCGUCUACAAGGAAGCUGCCCCCGUCCGUCGCCCCUAAACCUCGCAGGAACAACGAUGCACCAGCUCCAUAUAGACCAGGAGCCAGCACAUACCGACAGUUCAACCCUCCAGAUGAUGAUUUUCCUCCCCCUCCACCACCUCAGCCUGCCUAUUCGGAUGAUGUUCUGGCGUACCCUCCUCCUCCCCCUCCUGAGACUGCGAGGGAUUACGAUGGUCAGGAAGAUUACCUUCCACCUCCACCUCAGGUGUCUCAGGUCCCCCAGGCCAAGUCUGGUUUAUAUGGACGUCAGUCCCCUGCCAAUGCUGGAUACAGUUCCGGGACGUCCCCAGGAAAUACAGGUUACAGUACCGGAACUUCCCCAGGAAAUACAGGGUACAGCUCGGGGGCAUCAACUUCCCCUGGAUAUAGCGGCCAAACAUCUCCCAGAUAUGGUAGCCACUCGGCACCCAGAUAUGCACCCCAGUCACCUGACCGGUCAUCAGGACGCACGCCAUCACCUGCCUACAACACUUCCGCCUACAGCCCUCCUAACAGAGGCCCAGAGGGACAGACUGAGUACACAACAGUAUUCCAGGGUGGCAGACAGUCCCCUCAACCCUACUCCCAGUCCCUUAGGACUGCGUCCCCUGCCGGACGCACAUCUCCAUAUGGCUCUAGUAACUAUGCAAACCUGCCAGGAUACUCCUCUGUGGCGCCCACACAUCAACAGGAGCAGCCAAUUUAUGCGAGGCCCAUCAGCACCAGCUCGGAGGGCUUUACACCAGCGUACAAUCAGCUCGGAGGCGAAGAUGACCGACCGCUGCCUGGUCCACAGGUCGCAGCAGGAAAGAGUCCAUUGUUAGAACCGGUCAGUCCGACUCAGCCCUCUAGUGGAAAGGAAGCUGAGGUAGAUGCCUUGACCAACCUCCUGAUGGCAAACAUGGAGUCUACUAAGGAACCUGAUUACUUUGGGAUGUGCAGUAGGUGUGGCAAGAAGGUGAUGGGAGAGAACAAUGCCUGUACCACCAACGACCAGGUCUAUCACAUUGCCUGUUUCACCUGUCUAGGCUGUGGAACCAUGCUGAGAGGGAAAUCAUUUUAUUCCAUGGACAGUAAACCUUACUGUGAAACCUGUUACCUGAACACACUGGAGAGAUGUUCUGUAUGUUCCAAGCCAGUCACAGACCGUCUGCUGCGAGCCACAGGUAAACCGUACCACCCCGGCUGUUUUACCUGUGUAGUGUGUGGUAAGAGUCUGGACGGAGUACCUUUUACUGUAGACGCUACCAACCAAAUACAUUGUAUUGAGGACUUCCACAAAAAAUUUGCUCCUCGCUGCUGUGUAUGUCAGCUGCCCAUCAUGCCUGAUGUAGGACUUGAAGAGACUGUGAGAGUGGUUGCUAUGGACAGGAGUUUCCAUGUCCAGUGUUACCGCUGUGAGGAUUGCGGUUUGCUGCUGUCAUCGGAGGCUGAAGGCCGGGGAUGCUACCCUCUGGACGAACACAUACUGUGUAAGAACUGCAAUGCCAAGAGGAUACAGAACAUGACCACUAAAAUGACCACAGAGUUAUAACUGGACGCAGCCAGGACACCAUCACCUUGACGACAGACAAACAAUGUAAAUGGAGUUAAAUAUUUUCCUGAGGACAACUUGAUGACAAAGGAACAAAAUUGAUGUGAAUGGACGAAGGUGAGGACAACUUGAUGACAAAGGAACAAAACUGAUGUGAAUGGACAAAGGUUGGACAUCGACUCGAGUUCACUUUGUCUGCAGAUGUACCGUAUUGAUGUAAAUGAACAAAGGUUUGACAUCGUGCUAUGGUCAAAUUGAUGGCAUAUGUGGAAUAUAUUAUAUUGUGACUGCAAAUAAACAAUAUUUUUAUAAAUGGAAGAAGGCUGGAUAUUUUCUGGGAUUGCCUGACAGGACAGGAACGAUAUAAUGACAGUUUUGUUGAUUUAUGAUUAGAAAGAGGUUGAUUGUAACUCUGAGCUCACCAAGACUAUGGAUAUGUUGAACACAUCAAUGCCACAAUAUUGUAAAGUUAUAAUCUGAAAGAAUUAGUUGAUACCAGUAAGAUUAAGGCAAACAGAUUUUUUAACAGGGUGACUAAAUGUAGAUUUUGUAUGCUUGGGAAAAAUACCUUAGAAUUAAGCUAUUGUGCAAUUUCACAAAAUGAAAAUUUUGUAGAUUUUUUGUUUGUAAUUUAGAUCAAAUGCAUUUAGUAAAAGCUAUCUUUGAUGCGACUAUUGGAUCUGUAGUUAUACUCAAUGUAUGUACUUUGUCAAUGAUCAGUUGAUGAUACUGCAUACUGGGGAAUUGUCGCUGUACUUUAAUUUUCACCUUUUUCGCCCAGGGUAAAUAUUUGACUGGGCGAAAGAUUUCCUGUCUACAGUAUUACAUGUGUAGAGCAUCUUACACCAGGGUUUAUUUUGUAUCAACAAAAUAUAUAUAGUAUGCCCUAAAGCUUUUCACUAGUGGCAUAGACAUUUAUACAAAACGUUUCAUAUUCAGAUUUACUCUAGUUUAAAAUGUUUAUCAUAAAAAAAAUUUAAAGACUAAACUUAAAUAAGAUAUUAGUAUUUAUACUAGUUUAAGAUUCUGUUUAUCUUAUGAUACACAACUUAAGCAAGAUAUUCAUAUAUAUACUAUGUUUAGAUUCUAUUUAUCCAACGAGACUGACCUUUAGCAAGAUAUGAAGGUUUACGCUAGUUUAAGAUUCUGUUUAUCAUAUGAUCCUAAGCUGAAGCAUGAUAUUCAGAUUUAUGCUAUUUAAGAUUCUAUUCAUCCAACAAGACUGAACUGAUCCAGAUAUUAAGGUUUAACCUAGUUUAAGAUUCUGUUUAUCACAUGAGACUAAACUUGAGACAUGCAGAUUCACACUUGCAAGAUAUUUUGUUGGAAAUGAUACCCUGCUAAACAGCAUUACCGGUAUUGGAGAAAAUGGUUUUAUUUAAACUUAUACACAUAAUUACGUUCCAACUUUCCAAUGACGUUUCAGUCAUGAAUUGAUGCCAGUCAGUUUGUUCAAACCAAAUAUCACACAAAGGGCUACAGAUAUCAUAUGUUGUCAUGUGGUGGAAUGACACCUUUUGUGUAGUUAUAUAUGUUACGUAGAGACAAUCAGAAACCGAGAUAUGUAGUGCUUACAGUAUUACUACUAUUAACUAACAAUGUCCUUACUUGACUGAUGUUGUAUUACAGUAUAUCAAUUGAUAAUUAAUUACUGAGGGUACAGUUGCUGUUGAUCUUGUACACUUUUGAUAAACGAUUCCCCCAAAUAAUACAAGUCGGCACAUUCCAUACUUUUUCAUGAUCAAGUUGAGGUACUUUCCUUUUAAUAACAAACAACUAGAGCAGUGCUCUACCAAAAUUAAAAGAAUUUCCAAUAGCAGAUCAUAGUAAUAAAAUGUCAGACAGUCCAUCAUCUACCACUAUGCUUGUCUUAAGAUAUCCAAACAUCUACAGAUGGGGUCGGUUUGGUUUGUUAAGAUGGCACAUACCACCAACUGUCUUUUUAAGAUAAGCAAACACCUAUCACUAGAUUUGUUAAGAUGGCCAAACACUUACCACUAGAAAUUACUUAAGAUGGCCAAACACCUGCUACUAGAACUGUCUUACGAUGGCCAAACACUUAUCAGUAGAACUGUCUUAAGAUGGCCAAACACUUACCUCUAGAAAUGUUGUAAGAUGGCCAAACACCUGCUACUAGAAUUGUCUUAGGAUGGCCAAACUUUUACAAGUAGGACUGUCUUAAGAUGGCCAAACACCUGCUACUAUAACUGUCCCUAAGAUGACCAAAUACUUACCACAAAAAUUGUCUUAAGAUAGCUAAACACUUACCAAAAAAAAUGUCUUGAGACAGCCAAACACUUACCACUAGAAAUGUCUUAACAUAGCCAAACACUCACCAGAAGAAAUGUUUCAAGAUGGCCAAACUCUUACCACUAGAACUGUCUUAACAUAGCCAAACACUUACCAAUAGAACAGUCUUAAGAUGGCUAAACACUUACCAAUAGAACAGUCUUUAGAUGGCAAAACACCUACAAACAGACCUUCUUCGAUUAAGGAGGGAUGUAUUCUACAUUAAUGUACAGAGAAUCAAUUUUUGUAAGUUAUUUUGUUUUAUGUAUGUUUUGUGGAGGGUACUACUUCGCUUUUGUUAAUGUACCUAUAACUGCAAUUUAAUUUGAUUUUGCGCUGCUUUCCUUGGCCCAUUUUAUUAUACUGUAUUUCGUAUUCUGAUCUGUAUGAUUUUUAAACUUAUUUGUAUCACCCUGUGUCAACAUGUACCAGUGCUUAGCAUGCUUAUACAUUUUGUUAUUUAUUAAUAAAACCAACUAUAAUUGACAAUGUUAUUUUACUACAAAAUAUAUAUAUAUAUUGUUAAAUCAGUCAUCAUGGAUUGAAGUUUAUGAUUUUACAGUGGAACCUGUGUACUUCAGACAUCUUGGCCUGUAUUCAUGAAACCUUUCUCAUGCUCAAGCAUGAAUUCUGUGCUCAAGCCAACUCACUUAAAUCAUAAAACACGGUAAAAAAGUCAAGUGGAAUCAUUGAAAAUAGUAUUCGGCUUAAAGUCUCUCCAAAAUUCUACCAUAUUAUUGACAAAAUAGGAUUUCUUUAUCACUUUAUCACGUUUGAGCAUGAGAAUGGUUUCAUCAAUAUGGGUCUAGAUCCUUCUGUACAGAGUAGAGUGUAACAUGAUUUAACCGAUUCAAUUAACAUAGAGAUGUUGUACUUCAGUUAUUGACAGACACACUACCAUGAAUAAACAGGUUCAAUUAACAUAGAGAUGUAUACAUUACAACCGAAAUUGUAGACACGAGUUAUCGUAAAAGUGGAAACUCUUGCAUAUGGAAAUGUUUGUAUUGUGACCCUUAUAUGUUCCUGUUGGCAAUGGUUCUGUUGUCUAUUUAUUUUAUAUAAUUGUUUAUAAUCUUUAAAUAAAUAUUUGUUUGGGCAUAUUUCCGCACUAAUUUACUCAAUGAGUUAAACUCUCGCAUUUCAACACUGCAAACAUUUCUACUUUUACAAUAUACAAGGUUUAAUCAAGUCAUGAUCACAUUGUCAAUAUCAUGGGUAUGUUGUAUAAGCGACAAGAUUGGGUGACAUUUUGUAUAAUAACCAUUGUUACUGCGUAUGUUGUAUAUGAUGUAAAAUGCUAGCCUUAUGAUUAUGUAACGACUGAAGCAAAAGUUUGCAAUAACUAUUAUAUAUAAUAUUUUGAAGUAAAAUAACAGUACUGUUUGUGCUAUAGAAUAUUAGUGCUUCUCGUAUCCCUCAUUUUACCAUCCUCGUUUUCUUUUCAUUAUUUUAUUGUAUUUUCAGUUUUUGAUUUUCGUCCGGUUUCUGUUUUAUUUUGUUCUGUACACUCAUAACAUAGACAUCAACAAAACUAUACAUGACAAACUGUGUAAUAUUUGUAUAUGCUCUGUGUUGAAUUUGCAACCUCGUUAAUGUUUCAUGUCUUAUAAAAGACUCUCUGGAAAGAAAAUAGAUCUGAAGAAUUUAUGGUCUUACCUGUGUAGCUGAACUGGACUGGGUCGAUUGCGAGCAACCAGGUAGCUCAAUUGGUUAGAUUAUCCAUCAAAGAGUUCAGAGGUCAAAUGCUUGAGUCCUGGUCAAAGACUUUGUUGAAGAAGGGAGGAAUAUAGUGGACAGGACUUGGUCACCAGCAAUGGACCAGGUAAUUAGAUAGGUUAGAGCGGCCAUCUCUAGUUUGGAGGUCCAGGGUCGACAGGACUUGGUCGAUCGCUGGUGACCAGGUAGUUGGAUUGGUUAGAGCAGCGAUCUCGAGUUUGGAGGUCCAGGGUCGACAGGACUUGGUCGAUCGCUGGUGACUGGUAUGAUUGAUAACCCUAACAGUGAAGGUCUUUGAAGAGGGAUGGCUACUUAUAUGAUGUGUGAGGAAAAAAAAUCAAAAAAACUUGCACAACAUUUCAACACUGACUGUGUCAAAGUAUUUAUUGUAUGUCCCCUUGACAAAGGUACCUGUCAGUAUGGAGUGAUGAUAAGGUACACUCCGACUAUUUAAGCAUAAUUUAAAUUUUUCUUCUUAGCAGUGUAUCACUCCAAACUGAUGAAUCUUUAUCAUAAAAAAAGGAAUGGCUGUUAUAUCAAAACCAGUGUAUGCUCUAUUCUGUUAUAUGUACUGUGUAUCAUGUUAGCUUUGUACCAUCACAUUACUACACUUUAUCAUUGAGGAUCCGCAACAACGAGCUGUUAACUUUAUGUUGUCAAUAAAUAGCGUUAUUAAACUUA